UGAUGUUUGUUGACUUUGCAUCGCGUGCGCUUCAGCUGCCAACAGGAAGCCGCAAUUCGGAGAUCGGACCUCAGCCUCGCCAAAGACUCAACGUCCAAACGCCUCGCCGCCCACACGACUCUGAUAUCCUACGACAACAGUCACUCCCCGGCAGGACUCAGUCUCGGCUUCCACAACCAAGCUUUUUGUGCUCUAUCGCCACCAUGGCUGCUCAGGGCCCACCCCCCAUCCCUACCAACCGCCUGAAGCAAAUCGCAAACGACGCCUGCCACGACGCUAUAGGUAGCGCCGAGUUCUACGACCAUGCGAAGACGGAGCAGUGGAACUCGCAGAUCAUCAACUCGAUACUCAAGGCCGUGAUUGCUGAGUCCCAACCCUCGGGCGGCAGCACGCCGUUCAAGUUUGCCGUCAACAGCACUAUCGUCCAGCACCUCGUCCCGACCUCGAAGCUCAAUAAGCCCACCGGCGGUGCUGCAGCCUCGGAAGAGUCGUCUACGACUGCGACAAGCACAGAUGGCAAGCCCCACGUCGGUCGGCGCGGCAUGCACAGCGCCACGGGCGCGUACUGGAACGACAAGACGGACGGCAUGUGGACUUUCAAGUACGAGGGCGACGAGUCCAAGGGCAUGGAUGUCAUCGUUAUGCUGGUCUGGAUUGGCAUAUAAAAGGAGAGUGGACCGCACUGACGAAUAUAUGAAAACAUGCUGUUUGCGCGCGCCGUCGACACCCAGGGCUGGCCGCACUGGAUGACCAACUUUGUCUAGCUAGGUGCCUAGGUAUAGUAUACCUGGUUUUCUUUUGCUACCUAUAUGAUAACGCCCAUUUCUCAACAUAUGGCUCCUUUUCAUCGCAGUGCCGCAGUCGGCUGCUAUGAUAGAUUCGCAGGACACGACAGCGAAGCGAGAAGGCGACCCGAACAUCAUAAUUUUCCCGGUCAUUCUGGUUCAUCGGUGAUCCGUAGAUCCAGCCUAGUGCUGCGGAUGUCCAGAUGACUUAAGCAGAAUCCGUCCCGAAUGACAGAAGCAAAGCAUGGGCUUACGUCCAGGUUUACUUGGUGGUUUCGAAUAUAUUGCCUUUUUUCCUCCCA